CGGGAUUGCUGAUUGGAAGGCAGAAAGAACACCUAAAUUGCGCCUCAACACAAGCCCCCCGCUAGUCUAGAUAACACAGAGUCAAAUGUCGAUUUUAAACCACCUCCCCCACUUGGAUGGGGAGCUCAGUUCUUCUAUUUCUGUGUCACUCUGCUCCUCUAUUGCGAGUGAACCCAUCCAUCGGUUAUCUUCAUCAUCGCUGUUAACGGAAUCACUGCAAUCAUGCCUCCAUUCGAGAAGUUGAGGAAAAUGCAUAGCCCUUUCCCGGGCUCUUUUCGCAGUAGGUUUCUUCCCCCUCUCUAUCAUCGCACAGCGACAUUGGCUCUGAAUUCUGGACUUGGCACAAGAGACGGUGACUGACCAACGCCUCAUGCAGGUGAAUGUAACAAAGCCGCCCGGAUUCUAGAUGCCUUUACGAACCCAUUGAACCCGGAUGGCCGCGACAGUCUCAUUCCCCCAAAAGUCCUCGGAGCUGCCAAGGCAAGUGGCAUUACAACGGUCGCAAAUAAUCCUUCCUCGAUUGACUGACCAGCCAAGGGCAGGGCUUCGCAAUUUUCUCCGUCUCGAAGCUGGGCAUCGUUGGAUCUGUACGAAUGGGCUCGGGCAUUUUAAUCGCGCGCCUCGAGGACGGCGACUGGUCUGCACCUUCAGCCAUCCUGACAGCCGGAGUCGGAGUAGGAUCGCAGCUGGGCGUGGAGGUGACCAAUUUCGUCUUCGUCCUCAACACAACCAGCGCCGUUCGCACAUUUGCCCAGCUGGGGAGUUUGUCUCUGGGCAAGACGGCUUCAUUUGCCAUGGGCCCAUCGGGGAGAUUUGGCGAAGUCAACGGAGUGGUCAGUGCCGGUGGGAUGGCGGGCAUCUUUGUCUACGGCCAUAAUCAAGGUUUCUUUGGUGGCUUCAGUACUGAAGGGAGCAUGAUAUUCGAACGCCGCGGCGCAAACCAGAAGUUAUAUGGGAAGAAGAUCAAGGCGCGCGAUUUAAUCGAGGGCCAGUUCCCACCCCCCGAGGAGGCGGACGAGUUGAUGAACGUCCUACGCUCCGAUCUGUUCGCGCCUCGACCGGAAUUGUACGCUACCUCUUCUGCUUCCACCAAAGGUUCCAUUUCUUCCGGACGGCCAUCGCAGUCGUCUGCCGGCACAGACAUUCAAAAAAAGCCAAUUGAGAUGUCUGCUGAUGAGAUCGUCCAAUUGCCCGCCGAACUACCCGCCGAAUUCAUCGCUGAGCUCCCAGCAGAGGUGGUGCCGGACAUCUACUACGACAAAUCGGUCGGCUCGUCGGAGACGCUGCUGCCUGAGUUGCCAUCCGAGACAGCCUCGGUGCGUCCAGCAAAGAGUUGAUUGUGUCGGAGGAUAGGGACAGUAUUUCUGCGAAUAGUCCGGAAAGUCGAUUUAACUCCAAGUGGGCAUCACCUAGAUGUUUCCAUGCUCGAAACGCAAGGACUGACUUUACAGCACGGUCGGGGCUGAAGAACCUACGGUGAAAAGUCACGGCUGGUCCCAUUAUGACCUCUCCUCACGGCAGCAAGUGCCUUUGACGAUUCGGAAACGACCGGGAAAGGGCCAAAAUCGCGCAGCUGGCUGUUGUUGUUGGUGUUGGAAGGUCUGUAAAACAAACCACGUCUUCUUUAAGGACACACAAGGGUGGCCGUACCGAGGAAUCUAGCUCGGGCUGAGAUAGCGAGUGGGGAGGUUGGUGGAGCAUGAAACUGGCACAGAGAGCGAUCGAGACAAACUGCAUUAUUAUUAGCAUCGUAUCUAGCAGAGGAAAUAAUCAAAGCCAUAUGAUUGCGGGGUGCGGAGUAGGUAGAGCCCAGUGAUGAAUGCUGCAUGGAUUGAAUCCAGGACGUCAGUGAGGAUCUGCUGACGCGACCGGGUGUUUC